AUGGCAUCGCAUAGACCACGCAGCAACAAGGCUGCCAAUGGUGCUUCGACUUCACCCAAACGCAGCUGGAUAAUUGUCUCAGCUGCGCUCGUUGGCUUCUGCGCUCUCAUCGCCGCUCUCGAUUCGAUCCGAUCCAGCUUCUACAUCUUUGACCACAAGGCAAUCUACAAGAUCGCAUCGACUGCGGUCGCCAACCAUCCAGGCAAUGCGACGGCCAUCUUUGAUGAUGUCCUCGACAACCUUCGUGCCGACCCCAAGCUCGCGCCUUACAUCAACAAGAAUCAUUUCAGCGACGAGUCAGAAUGGAUGUUCAACAAUGCCGGUGGUGCUAUGGGUAGCAUGUUCAUCAUUCAUGCUUCCGUCACCGAGUACCUGAUCUUCUUUGGCACUCCCGUCGGAACCGAGGGUCACACUGGUCGUCACACAGCCGAUGACUACUUCAACAUCCUUACCGGUAACCAAUACGCUUUCCCAGCUGGUGCGCUCAAGGCGGAGCACUACCCUGCCGGAUCAGUGCACCAUCUUCGCCGCGGAACGGUCAAGCAGUACAUGAUGCCUGAAGACGGCUGCUGGGCGCUCGAGCUUGCUCAGGGCUGGAUCCCACCCAUGCUUCCCUUUGGUCUCGCCGAUGUGCUCAGCUCGACGCUCGACCUGCCCACCUUUGGUAUCACUGUCUGGAUCACUGCACGAGAAAUGGUUGGCAAUCUGCUCAUCGGCAAGUUUUGA